CUUUACAUUACUCUCAUUACUCGAAGCGACGUUAUUGAAGCAAUGACUACUCUCAUAAAUCAGAAUCCCAUUAUCUACGAAGCCUCUGCUGGAAAUUCAACUAGAGAAUGGCGUGAGGAAGAUGAAAACGAAGAUGCUGCUGAUCCCAUUGACGCUCAGGAGGUUUUUGAUCUUAUCCGCUCCAUCUCUGAUCCAGAGCAUCCUCUGUCAUUGGAACAGUUGAAUGUGACCCAGAGAGAUCAUAUCCAGGUCUCGGACGAAAAUAAUACAAUCUUGGUUGAAUUCACGCCAACAAUCCCACAUUGUUCCAUGGCGACCUUGAUUGGUCUCUGCAUUCGUGUGCGACUGCUUCGUUGCCUUCCUUCACGCUUUAAGGUUGAUAUUUCAGUUAGGAAGGGAACCCAUCAAAGUGAACAUGCAGUCAAUAAGCAGUUGAAUGAUAAGGAGCGUGUGGCAGCAGCAUUAGAAAACUCACAUUUGCUAGAAGUAGUGAAUCAGUGCCUUGCCACAGCCACUAGUGGAGGCGUUGUGGCCAACAUUGUCAAGGGACCAAAUCCUGCAAACUAAGCGAGCAAGGAAGCCUAGAAAAGUUAAUUUCAAUCCUAAGAAUAAGCUUGACGAGGCGAAAAACUUGUUCAUGACUGACUUGGUCAUAUUUAGCAAAGCAUAAUGUAAAUUAUAUAUCUGUC